AUGGUCGAUGUUGAUCUUAAGAUAAAAUUAGAUAGUCCGUUUAAAAUAGAUUUGGAUUGUUUGCGACAGAAAAAGAUUUUUAAAUCGCAGAAUAUGGAAUACGAUUGGAUUAUAACUAUUAUAAGGAACUAUGAGAAAGCCAUUAGAUUUGUUGAUUUAAUAAAAUUCGUAUUUGGAUCAACUUACUUAAUAGAAAUAACAUUGGGAUUGUUUUUUAUCAUUAUAGAUUAUCUUUAUAUUUUUGCUUUGAAAAGUACAAUUAGCGAAAUUAUUCCCGAUUGUAUCUACAUACUUUCAAGUCUCCUUUUGAUAUACGUUUACUGUUAUUCCGGACAAAUGUUAAUAAAUUAUAACAGUGCUGUAUUUACAAAAUGUUGUCAAGUACCAUUUUAUGUGUUGUCGAUAAAGACUCAAAAAAUAUUGCUUAUACUGUUAUUGCAAAUUAUGAGACCGUGCAAUUUUUCAAUAAGAAGGAUUAUUAUAGCAUCACACGAACUUUUCGCCAAAGCUUUUAGAAAUAUUAUUAACACGCAUCAUUUUGGACCCUGA